UGUACGCGUCCGGCGUGACGACGAAUCAACAAACAGCUUUAAAACGUUUCGCCAUUUGAUCAACGUCACUGAUACAAAACUACAACAACAACAACAACGGUGACCUUGGCCUUGGUGACUUCUUAUUUGAAGUGAAUCAAAAACGUCUAUUAGCAUCGCAGCGAUGCGAGCUGCCAUCGCAGCUUCAUUUUGCUUCGGGCCUCGCGCUCUGAGCGGGACUAUUGUCCUGGUCACGCUCUCACUGUUCUUGACGAUCCUGCCAACCGUCUUCGCGGGGCAACUUCGUGUACUGCGUUUCAGUUUUGCAAACGGCAGUCUAUUGCCAACAGUAAGCGUAAAUGCUCCACCCAUGUGUCCAGAUAAUCAUACGAUGUGCUCAUUCGAGGAGGUUCUCGAGCACCCCACAACUGUAAACGACUUGAACAAAAAAAAGGCGCUCACAACAAGCCUCGCACGUCUAAGGAGUACGAUUAUGAAACUUCUCGACAUAUUGGAGGGGGCGGCACAAGCGACUGGCUUGGUAAAAGGAAGUCUGUUCUACUCUGGAAAUUCUGAAGGAACACCAGAGGUUACGGCGAAGCCCGGACUUCUGACACGCAGGAAACGUCAAGAUAAUAAUGGCUCAAUUCAUGUAACAACACCCUUUAUGAAUUUAUGCCGCGAACAGGUGGUGACGAACGAGUACCCGGACAUCGGCCGUAAUGAACAUGGUCGAUGGCGUUAUUUGUCGGGGAGACAGGUCGUACAGUAUACGUACUGCAUGGACGAGGGGAGGCCGUGCUCCGUUGACAUAAUGGAUGAUUCGCCUGGUGAACUGACACGCUGCGUGCAAAAGUUCGGUUUUUCGCCAAUGGUAGUUUUCGAUCAGCAGACACAGAAAUUCGCUAGCGAACGCAUCCUAGUACCCUGUGGUUGUCAGUGCCAGUAUGGACGUGGGUGAGUCUCCCGCCUACCGAUGGACACUCUCUGGGGCGUUAUCCUAGGCUUUAUCCUAAGUAGCUUCAUCGUAGACGACCUUCAUCACAUCAACACUGUGUGCAU